GUGAAUUCUACAUACAAGACAAGCUUGAUUCUACUAUCUACAUACAAGGCAUUCGAAUACGCUAUUGAGAAUAAGUUUCUGUUAUCAGUGAGUGUUCGUCAUAGCCGAGGUUUUUCACAGCAGACAGACAGACAGACAGAAAGACAGACGGGCAGGCCGACCUUGUCAACCCCCCCCACUCGAGAAUAUACAUUGCGCGGUACUUCGAUCACCCCCACCAGCUUACACCAACCAUGCCACCACCGACCCUGACACCGGUAUCGAUCAUCGAAAAUGUCCGUCUACCAGAGUCCGAGUCGGUCUCAACAUGGGACAUUUCGAUUGACAACAACCGAGGCAUCAUCACCUCGAUCACUCCGCAUCAAGGCCAGUCCGAUACCGCAGGUUCCCGCGCACCUCUGGCCCUCCCCGCAUUGACGCACCCGCACAUUCACCUCGACAAGGCAUACAUCCAUAACGCCCGCGAGUAUGCCCAUCUCCUCCCUUUUAAUGGUUCAUUCGCCGAAGCCUUAUCCUCCACCACCCAAGCAAAAUGCCAGUUCACCCAUACUGACCUCCUGAAGCGCGGGGAAUGGCUCCUCGCCGGAUCCGUCGCCGCAGGCGUUACGGCCAUGCGGGCGUUUGUGGAAGUGGACCAGGCGGUCGGAUUCACUUGUCUGGACGCCGGGAUCACACUCAGGGAGACCUGGAAGGACGCCUGCACGAUCCAGCUCGUGAGCUUCGCACAAGAUCCCAUAUUCUCCGGUCAGCAUGGCGAGGAGACGCGACAGCUGAUGGAAGACGCAAUCAAACGGCCGCAGGUGGAUGUAAUUGGUACAACACCGUAUGUGGAGGUGACCGCCGAAGCUGCGAAGCGAAAUAUUGUAUGGGCGAUUGACCGCGGCUUGCAAUAUGAUAAGCACGUUGAUUUUCACCUGGACUACAAUCUCGACCCUGUGACAGAGGCCCUUGUCUGGUUUGUUCUGCGGACGCUCAAGGAAAAGGGUUGGUCGGCCCGGUCAACGCACAAACGCGUCAUGCUAGGACACUGCACGCGGCUCACCCUGCUUAGCAGAGAGGAGUGGACGAGGCUAGCAAAAGAAAUCAAGGACAACGAUCUUCCUGUUAGCUUCGUGGGGCUGCCCACAAGCGAUCUCUAUAUGGCGGCUCCUCCGCCCCGAGACGACACAAACAACCCCCGAGGGACCUUGCCGGUGAUGGAGAUGAUAAACAAGCAUGAGUUGGACGCUGUGAUCGGAAUCAAUAACGUUGGCAAUGCAUUUACGCCCUGGGGAACCGAGGACCCGCUGUCGUUGGCUUGCUUAGGAGUGGGAAUUUAUCAGGCCGGAACCAAGGCAAAUGCAGAACUUCUGUACGAAUGUGUCUCCACACGCGCUCGUGCAGCGAUUGGACUAGCACCACCUCAUACUGGUCUUUCUUUGAGGUGCGGAAGCCGUGCGGAUUUCCUGCUGUUCCACGAAGUCGAUGAAUCAGGCUGUGGCGUGGUGAGGCCCCGGCAUGGUGUCGCAGGCAUUGUUUGGGACCCGCCGGCGAAGAUGAGCCGGGUCGUAAUCGUAGGUGGACGGCGGAAUGUUUCCUCGCCUUCCUUUGGACACCCCCGAGACGUGUCAUCUGAUGCACUGAAGACCUCGCAAGAACUUUAUACCUUGCUUCAACAAUAGUAACAAGAGGUUCUAGCGGGAAGCGUAGAUACUCAUCAAUGAAAACUCGAUCAUCGGAAGUUGGGUUGCUUGAAGUGAGUUGCACUCUAUUCCCAAGGCCACAAUCCAAAGUAGGAGUAGUUCUAGAUAAUCUAUCACAUCAUGUUGAUCGUACACUC